UUCCACAAACGUCAAUGUCAAAACAAAGGUCAACAUUCCAAACGAUGUGAGGUCGAAAAAUUUUGCGCAAAAUGUUUAACAAAGUGCUCCAACGCGCUCUCAAGUUCCGGCUGAAGAAGAGCUAUCCCACAAACAUCUAUGACUUGUCUCGGGGCUCCGCCAUUGCGGUUAAGAGGCCGUACAGCGACGAGGUGCGACGCGCUCAAGCCCAGAGCAUCGCGACGCCCGGCCCGACGAUAUUUGACAAGAUCAUUUCCAAGGAAAUAAAGGCGGAUAUCAUUUACGAAGAUGAGUUCUGCCUCGCUUUUAACGAUAUCUCGCCUCAAGCUCCUGUACAUUUCCUGGUUAUACCUAAGAGGCGAAUUGCUAGGCUUCAAGACUCAGUGGAUUCCGAUAAAGAGCUGCUCGGGCACCUGAUGCUAGUAGCUCGUUCUUUAGGAUGCGCACGCGCUCCGUCCGGCUGGCGUUUGGUCAUCAACAACGGCCGUGACGGCGCGCAGUCGGUCUACCACUUGCACCUGCAUGUCUUGGGAGGAAGGCAGAUGGGCUGGCCGCCGGGCUAAGAUCGGUGUUGCCAGUGAUGAAAACGCGAGGUGAAUGGUAGUUUUUGGUUUGGCAGAAAUAUUCAGUGGACUGAGUGUGAGUUUACAUCACUAGUGAGCGCGUUUAAAAAUUGUAUGAAAAUUUUAGUUUUUGAUAGUUUCCCGUUAGGGGCGCUGUACAAUCCGUCAUACAUUUAAUGUCAUUUUUUGACGCACUCACUAGUGAGCACGUUUGAAAAAAACUCACACUCGGCCCUCUGUAAGGGAUUUUUGAAAUUAAGUCCUUAAAAAUUAAUAGUAACAGAUAAAAAGUUAUUCAAUUUUGCAAUUACCCUUUUUGGGUCUUAAGUAGGUUAAAUACGGCCUUAGCCCGUGUUGCCAUAAAUGAAAAUGCACAAUGUAAAAAAAUGGUAGUUUUUGGUUUGGGAGAAAUAUUAAAUGCCUAAGGGCUAUUUGAAAUUACUUUUUGGCCCCGCAAUCGGGCCCUUGUCUCAAAUAAAGAGUUCUUUCGUUUUGCCACCAUUUAUUUUGACUAUAAAAAGGCCCCUAGGGUCCCCAGUAGGCUGAAGACGCCCCUGGGUAAGAGUCCAGUGUUGCCAGCAGCGAAAAUGUAAAUGUUAAUGGUAGUUUUUUAAUUUGGCAAACAUAUUCAGUGUUUAGUGCUCUUUCAAAUACGUCUGAGCGCUUGUAAAACCGCACACUUUUGUUUUUUAUUAAAAUUUGAUAUACUGGCAACACUGUUCAUAAAUUAACGUUAAAUUACUGAAUAAAUUCUAAAUGGUUAAAUGACCUCUUUUUUUUUGUAAAAAGUUCCGUCAUUUUAUUUAUUUCUUAAAAUGUAAGUGCCUUUUAAAUUACAUUUAUUAUUAAAAUUAAUGUACAUUAAGCUACUAACCAAAUUAUGUACAAACAUAGUUUUGUAUAGUCGUAGGCACAACAGUGUCAUGGGCCAAGUUCAACUAAAGUCCCAAAAGCUCAAUUUUUUACUAAAGAAUAUCGUGUCAUAAUAAAAAAUAACGCCAUAGUUAGCUUGUAGUGCAAUAUAUUGGCCAAAUUAGUUUUGUAAGUUUACUAAAAAUUGUUUUAAAUAUAAAUACAAUUUGAAUUGGGUGGUAUUUUGUAUUGGGUUCACAGAAAACACGGUGGUCAAUUCCGUAUUAUGUAUAGCGUAGGGCGUGCCACUUCAGUGGAUUGAUUACAUACAAUCCGGACGAGUUAACUACGCACCAGGCAGCCGUGACGUCACAUCGACGCUCUGUACCUCUAGCAUGAACAACUUUCGUCUUCGAAUCGUUUGCUUAUUCGACAAAAUUCGAUUUUCAGCCUUCUA